UUCAGUUCGACCGACAUUCGUGUGGUGUUUUUUUUCGAGCCGAACCGAGUUCAUAGUAUCUGCGAGCAGCGAAGUCGCGCGUUUCGUCGUUCCGGUGCGGUGUGUUCUCACUCAAGUCCAGCCAGCGGGCCACUCAUUCGAUUAGUAGCAUUUUCCGCGACUGGCAGCAAAUCCGCGAGGUUCCGCGUUCCGUUUUCGCGUUUAGAGUGGGUGCUCUCCCAGUUACAGUACAGUGCGGUUGUUUUUCGGGGUGUGGAGGUGAGAAAGCGCAAAGCUUCAAUCGAAUCGGAACUAGCGGAGGCUUCGGAGAGGGUGUUCUUACGCUCGGAUAUCGCCAGCAGCAGCAAGAAGAUCGAGUUCUGUAGAGUGAAAAAGUGCGUGCGUGGGUGAAGUGUUUUUGUGGCCUGAGGAGUGGAAAGUUUUCCACGCAACCGUUUAGAGAAGAAAAUAUUCAAAUUCAGAAAAAAGAAAAAAAAAAGUGAAAAGUGAUUGCGUGUUGGUGGGCUGGCGAUCGGUUUGACGUCAGUGUGUCCGAAGAAAAACAGAAAAUUCCUAGCGCUCUCGCUUCCAGAGCGGAACUAAUCUAUUCUUGACGAUCCAGCCGAAUCGACGAUCACAGAAGCGUUGCGGCAGGUUUUGAUCCAGUUACUACCACUUAUUACUAGCGCCUGUCUACACUACUAGCGACAGAGUGUGAUUCAGCUAGCCCAGUGAGUGAGAGGCAACCGAGCGAAACGAACCAGAGCAAAAGAAGGCCGAACUCGAACAACAGCAACAAUGUCCGACCACGAACUGGAUGUGGAUAAUCUGAUACAGCGGCUGCUGGAAGCACACAAACUGCAACAGCAACAGACACAGGAAACUAGGAAAAAAGGGAAACUGAAAGACAUAUUCUCGUCAGAUAAGGUGCGAGGAUGUCGACCGGGCAAGGCGGUACCCAUGUCAGAAGAUGAAAUUCGCGGACUGUGCCUAAAGUCGCGAGAAAUUUUCCUGCAGCAACCCAUCCUUCUCGAACUGGAAGCCCCACUAAAAAUUUGUGGUGACAUCCACGGACAGUACACAGAUCUCCUACGACUGUUCGAAUACGGCGGAUUCCCCCCCGAGGCCAACUACCUGUUCCUGGGCGACUACGUGGACCGAGGCAAACAGUCGCUGGAGACGAUUUGCCUGCUGCUGGCCUACAAAAUCAAAUACCCAGAGAACUUUUUCCUGCUGCGGGGCAAUCAUGAGUGUGCCAGUAUUAAUAGGAUAUACGGAUUUUACGACGAAUGCAAACGGAGGUACAACGUCAAACUGUGGAAAACCUUCACUGACUGUUUCAACUGCUUACCGAUUGCGGCCAUUAUUGACGAAAAGAUCUUCUGCUGUCACGGUGGGCUGAGUCCGGAUUUGAAUCACAUGGAACAGAUCAGAAGAAUCAUGAGGCCAACCGACGUUCCGGACACUGGACUGCUAUGUGAUCUGCUGUGGAGUGAUCCAGAUAAGGAUGUGAAGGGCUGGGGCGAAAAUGAUCGCGGUGUAAGCUUCACCUUCGGCGUCGACGUGGUUUCCAAAUUCCUGAGUAUGCACGAUCUGGACCUGAUCUGUCGGGCGCAUCAGGUCGUCGAGGAUGGUUACGAGUUCUUCGCCAAGCGAUCGCUAGUAACGCUCUUCUCUGCACCCAACUACUGCGGGGAAUUCGACAACGCCGGUGGUAUGAUGUCAGUCGACGAAAAUCUUAUGUGUUCAUUUCAGAUAUUGAAACCAUCGGAGAAGAAAGCCAAGUACCAGUACUCGGGCACGAACGCCCAGCGACCACAGACGCCGCAGCGGAACCAGAAUCAACCGCUGCCACCGAGCAAACGAAAAUAAUAAUUUCUCUCUCUUCUGAAUC